AUGAACCUCGAUCAGGUAUGGUUGUUUCUUUACGAGCGCAUAGAUAGCAUUGCCUACCGGCUCGAAAGCCGAACAAUCGGCGAAGUCUCAGAAGUAGGAUUCAUAUUCCGAGCCAUCCUCGAAAUACUCUGGCUUGAUGAAUCCCUCGAAUAUAGCUUCUAUAUCACCAGUGAUUAUAUAAGGAAGGCAGUGCCGCUCCUGCACGAAGAAAGCAUCUUCCUCAUGGCCGAGACCUACUGCAAGAACGACCCUGUUGUGACCAUCAUAAUCCGGCCCCCGAGAGAUCCUUCCCCAAACCACAGCCAAACACCGAGCGGUAUCAAAUCGCUCCUCGAGCGCCGCGAGUUGAGCGCGCAUAAGGAACUUCAGAAUGUGGUCGUGCGCAACCAGCACGGCGGGCAUCUGACCAUGGAUUCCGUCCAUGUUCUCGGCCAUAUACUAGAGGACGUAUGUUUAACGAAGUGGAGCGAAGUCUGCCAGAGAGCCUACAAUCGAUCGCAGCAUUUGAAGUGGCUGUGUCACAAGUAUCCCUACUUUGAGAAUAAUGCCCAUGCCCUCGUACAAGACCUUGUACACUACACAGAUCCGGCGCACGAGAAGGCCGCGACAGCCUCGAUCGCAUCAAUCAGUUGUCCUUAUGUACUAGGCCCGCCAUACUUCUCUAGUGAGGCUGUCGAAGACAUUUUACUGAUUCCUAUGGGCAAUUCAAUGACCCUCCAGGACCACCUCGAUGCGAUGGUGAUGGACGCAGUUGAGCAAAACUCGGUGAUUUGCCCGAGCUGUAAUCUUGCGCCGGUGUUUCUUUGCGCCUUCGGGCUGGUCUAUAGUGAAGAUGAAGAGAGUGGCCGGUUCGAUAUCAAGGAGAUCUGCGAUCAGGAAAAUACGCAGUGGAGUUUACGGACGCUGAAGCGCCAGUUCGUGAGAACUGGAUUGAAACAUUUGAAACCUCAGCAGCCCCCUAAGAAAAAGAGACUUUGUAUGGAUUGA